AUGGGCUCUUUAGGUGAAGAAGUUCAAGUAAUCAUUGUCGGCCUGGGCAUCGUCGGACUCGCCGCAGCGAUCGAGUGUCGCGAGAAGGGCCAUAGCGUCCGCGCCUUUGAGAAAAGCAAUAUACUGAAGUCCAUCGGAGACUGUAUUGGUCUUCAAAGCAAUGCCACGCGCAUUAUCAAACGAUGGGGCGAUGGUGCCGUUCAUGAAACCUUACGACCCUGGAUAGUCUCAUCCAAGGAAAUCCGUAUACACAACUCAACCGGCCGUCUGAUUAUCCGACAGGACCUCUCGGAGGUGUGCAAGCAGCCAAACUACCUCCUCCCACGGUCAGAGCUUAUCCGAGUCAUGUAUGAGCAUGCGCUCAAGAUCGGGGUCGAGAUAAACCUCGGCGUGGAGGUUUGUGAGCCUUCCGAGGACGAGGAGGGAGCCAGUGUUGUUGUCCUUACCCGAGAUGGCGAACGACAGAUAGUUCGAGGUGACUUAAUUAUCUGCAGCGACGGGGUGCACAGCAAUAUGCGGAAGGCGAUCAUGCCGCAACCUGUUGAGCCUCAUCCAUCUGGAUACGCAGCCUUUCGGGCUUUGGUAGAUACGGAGACACUUAAAGGUGACCCGGAAGCGAGCUGGGUGUUUGAGGGGGUCGAAGAAAGCGAUCGAUUUGAUGUCUUCUUCCUUUCAGGUGCUCAGAUCGCCCUGCAGUCUUGCAAUAAAGGGAAAGUCUUCUCGUGGUUCUGCAUUCAUCAGGAUACAAGAAAUCUCCUAGACGUCUGGACAUCCCCUGCCAACCCCAACGAAAUGCUGGAUCUGAUCAAAGCCUGGCCCAUUGGGCAGCGCCUCUGGUCCGUGAUUCGACAUACCCUGCCUCAAAAGUUCAUCAACUACCCGUUAUUGAACCACAAGCCCUUAGACCACUGGGUAUCCAGCAAUGGUCGAUUGAUUCUUAUAGGGGACGCGGCCCACCCCCUCUCCCCUGCCGCAGGGCAAGGCGCCUCCCAGGGAAUUGAAGAUGCAAACGUCCUGGCUACUAGUCUGUCUCUGGCCGGAAGACAGCGAGUCUCCCUGGCUCUUCACGUCGCUGAACGGACACGCUAUGCUCGAGCCUCAGCUGUACAGCUGAUAAGCCAUCGUGUGAACGAAGGCUGGCGGAAUCAGGACUGGGACGCUUAUGAGCCAAAUGAGCAGAAUAUUGCCUCACUCCCGCUUGAGACCUGGAUCUAUGGCCAUGACAGCCAGGCUUAUACUGAGCAGGAGUUUGAGACGGUGGUGAGGGCAAUCCAGGAAGGAGGGGAGUAUCACGCAACGAACCUGCCUGACGAUUUACGGGUACAAUUGGGGAUUCGGAAUGUUGAGAAUAAGGAGCAAUUGCAGAACAAGUCACUCUAA